AUGACGUCAAUUAAUCAGGUAACGUCAUUUUUUUACUGUUUUAUUUUUCUCCUAGGUGGGUAUUCCCUUGUUGAAUAAGUCAUUUAAUCGAAGUUACGUCUUCCUUUAUUUUUGUUAUAAAUCUGUCCGAUCGUUUCCGCACCUAAUCGUGGCACAAUCUUGUUUUGCGCCCUGUAGACACGAAAGGUUGCACGUCUUGCUAUUUUUACGUGGCCAAAAGACGCCAUGCUAACAUUUACUACCCCUCGACACAUGGGCUUGAAUUCGAUUACUUAUUUCGACGUCAUUUUUGGCCUUGGAACUCCAGUCUGUAGCCCACGCCAGUAUCCGCAUAGGGAUAAACAGUUGUGGAUCUAAAAGUAUUACCAGCAAUACAAGGGAGACUGAAAUGACUGAUUCUUGUCGUUCUCAGCCAGUCACAGUUUAAGCCCACGCUGCGGAAACCUGAGAUCGGAACCCGGCCUCUUUUGUCAUAGGACUCUCGUCCAUGGCUACACGUCCUGCCGACCCCGUUCAGAACUACAGUACUCGAAAUCUGCAGUUUUCUUAAGUUUAUUGCGGUUGUCUGCUGCCUACCCGAAGUCCGAAUCCCGACUCAGGAUCAUGCGAGCCACCUCGCACUUUGCCAUACAUCACACCGGGUCUUGCGAAAGGUGCAAUAGAUACGGUUUGGUUACCACCCUCACACCCAGUAACUCAUGCAUUGUUUGCAUUGGAACUGGUCAAUAUCUGGCUGGAUUGAGUGCGACUUAAGAAUAACUUUAUGAAAGUAUCACUUGUUUCCGUGUGCACGCCGGCUGCAAGAAUGGGCCAAAAGACGCCCUUGUCAUGGCCUAUUGAUUGUUGCCAGGGACUGUAAUAGCCGGACUGGACCCAAAGACUCCUCAAGUGACAACCGUGUUGGCCUCUUUGCGUUUAGUUUUCGGUGCGACAAUGGCAAGGCAACGUUGAACUUUGCUGACCAGAACUGACCGUCACCUACACGGACUUCCAACAGCGCCCUAAACAACUAAUGAUCUGGUACUCAAACGACGGUCAUACGGCUAGUCAGGUCGAGUACAUACUUGUCGUUUAGAAGUCGCGCAGCUGCGUCCACGACAGAAGAUCGAUGUGUGUUGUCAAAAUUGACAGGACCUACGAGCCUGAAGGCAAACGUCCCAUCCGCGGUCAAACUGUCAUAUACAAACACCGACAGAAACGAGGAAACCAGUCUCCAAAAGCAGUUAAGAAAAAGGAGACGCAAUCGCCGGUACAAGAGUCUUUAUUUGCCCGAUGUUUCGGAUUCAAGUUUGGGUGCAAAGUCAUAUUAUAGCGAUGUUCAUCAAAGACAGAACCAGGUAAGGGUGGAAGGGUUGCAUAGGUGUCGCGGUAUUUGUAGGAUGCAGUUGCUGUCUCUGCAUGGCUAUUCGUCUUGUUGGCUCCCGCAUUUAUCAGACAAUUGUACGCAGUGCGACAAUUGCUUGAUUGCUCGCAGUCGAGUCGUUAUUUGCCUCAACUCCAUCACUCUGUUGAGUUUGUGGGCAAUGCGGCUCACUGGCAGUGGAAACAGUUCUCGCCUGUACGCUCCCUGCAUGACUGAUAUCUCUGAUCAGGUCAAUUCUCAGCACAGAAUGUGGAGACGGCUUGCUGUUGCAAAAAUACCACAACGACGAUUCCUUCCGCGAACUCCGUAAAAUUACAGCAAAAUCAGUUAGAGGUGACAGCACAAGCUUGUGGUUGAGUGAUAGCAUCCGUGGGACAAUUCUCAUACGUCGGCGACACUCAAACGUUUUGCUGAGUAGCAACUUUAUUGCUGACGACUCGGUCAAGGUGGGCACUUCCAGCAUCUCAUCUUGGGUGACCAAGCCAUCGUCCCCUCUCUCUUCUGCAGCGGAUUUUUACCCCCUCCAGCUAAUUCAGUGGUAUGUGACUCAACUUCGAACCCAGAAAUCGUCUAUGCAAUACGCCCGGAGAUGACAGCGUUUGUUGACACUGGCUCCCGGGGUUAGUUAGACGAUUGGACAGGCAUGGGGAAGUGAGCUCAGUCCUUACAACUGAGGCUCAGUCAUUGUUGUACCUGCCAGAAAUGCCGCGGCAUAUGUCUCCGUCAAACUGCCUCAGAGGUCAUUGUCAUUUUCGGGCAGUUCCACAAUGUGCGGCUCAAGGACAAGAUCCAACCAAGCCGUCUUCCGAACUUGUCGUGAAUACUCCGAUAAAAUAUUUACACAGCAGCACAUUCCUAAAUUCGGCCAUGUUUGCCAGCAGCCGAGACCCGUCUGUUUUCGCCGCAGCCUUCCACUCCGUUUUUCGUGAGUUUCUAUGACGGAUAGUUGAACUAGGCGCUAUGCCUCGAUCAGUGUCCACUACCUCCCCACCGUUGCGUGACUCCUGGCCCGCGAGCACCUCUACCAGCCGUUAGAUAUUCAGUUUCACGUCUAACAAGGUUCUUUCCUGUCGUCCACCCUGUUAAACUGCGCCACUGACUGGACUACAGAGGGGUCCCACGCGGUUUUACGGUGUGUUUUGUUUGCACUCCAGUGACGGUUGACUGAAAUUGGCUGCACUGACGACGUCUACCUGCUAGCGCUAAAUUAUGAUGAUCCGCGGACUGUUUUAGCGGUUAAAUAAGGUCGCAUAAUAAGUUAUUUGAUCUAUAAACACUCAGAGGACCAAAGUGCUCGCGAGUUGCAUACUUGACCAGAAGACGCCUCUGGGAGUUAGUGGCCGUCAACUCGAGGAGCCGGACAGUUUUAAAUACCUCGAGAUAAAGUUGUUGAAAAUGAACGGGGCAGGGACGGCAUCGCCCUUCGAAUCGAUAUUGCUUCCGUGUUUUUCGCAUUGCUUGGGAAAUGCCGCUGCAUCCGACAUGACAUCGCCACAGAGCUCCGCAUGUACUGAACAUCUGUUUGGGUAUUCCUUCCUCUGCCGUCGUUAGUGCCGGAUUAUGUUUUUGGAAGACAAACGAGAGCUGAUGUGCUUGGCCAACGCUGCCUGCAUAACAUCUCUUGAAGGAAGUACACAGCCGUCGUCUCUAGUGAGACUGUCCGUACUCGCUGAGACAACACUGUGGGGAUGUUUCAGGCCAUCCGAGAGAGACAACUAAGUCGAUUUAGGCGUGGUUCGUUGUUUGCUCCACGAGCUCAGUCUCACUACACCCGAUCCGGCGUCUGUACUCACUCGAAGAGAUUAACUAAAAACAUGGCUUCUUGGACAUGGUUCUUGGACAAUCUGCAUUCGGUCAUCGUCGCCGGGGGGAGAGGGUUGGUCAAGCUGUUUAGGUCUUCGAGAUCCAAUACGCAACACGAUCGAGACUUUUUUGAUUUCUGCAACUUCUCCAUACUUUUGACACUUCUGUUUCACCUUCUGUCUUGUGCAGUUCGCAUGCUAAAUACUACCCGUAAAGUACUCGAAACUUAAUUGCUUCUUAUGCAGGCCUGUGUCACUAAAGUUUAGUUUUUUAGGACCUCUGCCAUUUACUCCAAACAUACGAAUCGAGGCCGGUUAGACCAGACAUGAUCACUGCCGUGCUGAGUCCCAGUAUAUCUUGCAUGCAUCAAGAGUACCGUAGGCUUUCUCAUCCAGACCGUCAGUGAUUUCGACAAUGAACUAUGUCAGCUUUUCGCGGUUUUUGGCACCAGAUCGCACUUACAUGAUUUUGGGAAAUUUAUACAUGUAAGGUGUACAUGACCGGAAAUUAUUUUGUAUCUGAUGACUCUUGCACAUUACCUGUCCGACAGACAUAGCACCUCACCUCAAGCCCCAACGUUCUGUCCAGAGGUCAAGUGAAUCUAUAGGGUUCCAGUUUACAGACAAGUUUCGUCCAGUAAGAAGUUCUGUACAGCCUGGCCCUUCAACUAGACCCACCCUCAUUCCUCUUUUUAUCUUGCAGAUUCGCACUCAGAUGAAUCAUAUUCUCAGUCUUCGGGACAAAUUCGUCGAAGUGUCCGAACAGUCAGACGAGAAACUGUCCACCAUGAUUGAAACCGCAAAACGAUUCCAUACCGGUCUACAGCCGCUGAACAAGGAAGUCGAACAACUUCAAAAUCGGAUCAAAAGUGGUCCCCCCUGUUGCUUUUAUUAUCACUUUAUGCCCUGUAGACCUGGAGUACUGCAUCAACGGUUUGUCUCACGUUCAGGACUUCUACAAAACCGGUCGUGAGGUGGAACGCACCAUCUAUGAGGGGUAGGUUUUGCGUCGGCUUGUCCCUCCAAAACACCCACACAGCCGCUCUUCGAACGAAGAAUCCUAAUGUCCCGCAAAGUUUAUAGUUAUAUAAUGGUCGGGGACGCUCACCGAUCGUUCUUACGGAACUCACUCGUUCCGUUGUGCCUUACGGGAUCUCUCUCUCGAGCCCAACCAGCAGCCGCACAGUGGUACAUUAUACAGGCAGAAGGCGUUUUACCGACAAAGACAAGGGAGACAGUCUCCCUCGUCUUUGUCGGUAAUACGCCUUCUGCUUAGAGUUAUAUCUCAAUCGCCACGAAAAGUGAACUUUGCAAUCCAGCUGUUUGGGCUGACAAUGUUUCUAGAGAUUCAACCUAAUGAAGCAUUCAAGCAUCCCCUUAAAUGAGGCAACUCACCCAGUACUACAAAGUUGCAUGCAUGUGGGAAACUAUCCAAGGAAACGACCCGAAGUCGUUUAGGCACGCCCUUUAUCACUCGUCCUAUUAACUCAUUGCCGCUGCCACUUAUUGCGAGCAACUGGGAGGUUGUUAGCUUAAAACUCGGCCCAGCGCAGUCCGUCAAAAUCGUUCAGCUGUACCUACACCCUCUUUAUUCCCCUUUUGCUGCCAGAGAAGAGCUGGGGCUAGCCUUAUCUGUUCCACUGCAGUCGAACGCCAUGCACUAUGAGGAAUCGUGUGGUGUGUCAUAGGCAACAGCUAGGUCUGUUACGGUGGCAAGUUAAUGCCAGAAUAGGUCAUGGCUCAGGCGCCAAGUAUUUAGACCGCACUGGCGACAUCCUAGACGUUCUGCAUACUUGUAGAUGUAGCCGAACCAAGCUUAGAAACUCCUCCAGCCUUUUGACUAAUGUUUUGUCCUUUGCUGUCGGGUAUGCCUGUUCGUUCUUGGUCGAUGGCGAAGCUUUUAAGCUUCUGAUUACAUCUAUCGUUUGCUAUCGGUUUUUCCAAACGGCCGGGAUGAGCGUGAAAUCCAGCUGCCCCCAUGUGAUUACGGCCUAACCUUGGAAAUCAACAUGGGCUCAGUCAGAGUAUCGGAUACUUCUGUCAGGACAGUCCUCCUAUGCGAAGGUGGGGCCUCCCCUGACCUCAGAAGAUGAUCGCUGGCCUGCAGGGUCUGAUUGCACCACGCACCAUAAUCCCCAUUUUCCUCAUCGCCUGCGACUGCAGCGCAGCUCUGCAAAGUCGCUCUGGAGCAUAAACAGUCAUCUGCGCGUCUCACUCAGGCGGACCUUAAGGUGGCAUUUUGGCGGACAUCACCUUGCUUGGACCCAUCCGACGUCGGAAAGAUCGGCUGAAGACAUGGAUUGACAUGAGGAAAAUAGACUACGAACUCAUCCCUGGUCGUGUGGCCCUCGACUUGCGUAACUGAUAUGACAACUGCCUGCAUUCGACCCUUGGACCUGCCACACUCCAGUCGUAGUAAUGCCUGUAAAGCGGUCAUUCAGGUCAAAGCUAAUUUGUAGCAUCGAGCCCGCCUCAUCGGUUAUGUCGUACGUCGUCUUAGGUCCAGUCAAGCAGAGGUCUUUCAAGGUAACCUUUCUGUGUGACAAAUUGUGUGAAAGCAGAAGUACUCACCAUUUAUUUCAAUCACGCUAUAAUAGCAAAUAACUAUCGGAAGUCUCUGUGGCGUUAGACCCCAAUGGGUCGUUUUCCCAAAAAGAAACCAACAGUUAUUGAUUGGGCGAAGUGAUCCUGAGGCAGUUAAGUGCCCGGAAAUUAAAAAUUUUUCGUAUUGCUGUGGGUAGAAAUUGCCUUCUGGUGAUUUAGAUUGACUGUAAAUCAUCAGAACAGUCAUUUUUACUAUGCUCGUCUUAGUUUGGAUGAUAAUUAUUUACUUAACUAGGCGUAUUCCCUUAUUUGUAUGGCAAUUUCAGGCCUGGCACAUCGUUGGAUGACUAUCUGGCAGCCAUGGACCGGAUCCGCGACUCUCUGGCUUACUUUGAUCAAAAUAACACCGAACACGUUGAGUACAGUCGCCUGGUAAGACGUCUCUUUCUCCGGAAACCCUCCACUUUUAGAGUGCUCUCUUCAGCAAUGGACUAAAGUCACUUCAAAAGUUGUUUGACGAAACCCUGCAGAGCUCGUUUGUUCCGAUUUUACCGGAAAGGCUCUACAAGCUUGUAGAGAAAGAAGGUUAGUCGACAUAAUUUAGCAGUUUUAUUCUCAGUCCAUAUGGAAGGAUUUUUCCCCCGAGCUUGAAACGUACCUUCUUCAAAACUCCAGCCAGUUCACGUUGCCAGUCGAGUUCCAAGAGGAACACCUGUUUAGGCGAACUAGACCAUGUUCUUCAAUGUUUUUUGCCGGAAUCAUGUUGUAGCCCAUAAUUUUUUUCCACCUCUCAGCUUCUGCGUCAUCCUAUUCUACCCAAAUACAUCGAAUUACCAAACUUGCGGCUGCAAUGGAUGGCAAAUGAGAGCAAUUAAUCGCAGGAUAUAGACUACCAUCAUGACAGGGAGCAGGGAGCACUUCGUUGUCCUAAGGACAUGUUACAAUGGUAGGGGGCGCUCACCGAUCGUUCUUACGGAACUCACUCGUUCCUUUGUGCCUUCCGUUGUAUAUUCCCGAUCGAAACCUACAGGGCAACGGGCUCGUGGCCCAGUGGUUAGAGGCGUGGACUUCUAACUAACAGGCCGCGAGUUCGAGUCUCGGGUGUGCCACACUUCGGGGUUGGGUAUGACUGGCUGACGACGCCUAAUAAGCCAGAAAUGGCCGUUCCAGUCUCCCUUGUCUUUGUCGGUAGUAACGUACUACACGUUACAAUAUUAGUUAAUUGAAAUAUCCGGGAAACAAAACCAGGAGGACGAUCGCCUUUGCCGAGCAGAUUGAAUAAAGUGGCGAAACCCGAAUUGCGGUGGGCCUUAAUCCAUGGUUUGUGAAUCUGCAGUCAUACGCACUGUUGACGUCUUCCUGUAUACCCUCCUAUCUCUCCUUCCUCUUAGACGCUAUUUCUAUCGGUGAGGGACAGCAGUCUGAUGUUACAGGACCGGAACUUGAACAGGUUUCGCCCGAAGUGGCACUGCGUUUGCAGCAGAUUUCUGCUUGGUUGCGCAAGGUGGAUUCUUCGCAUAUGGAAUCACAGCGCUUCCAAAAAGCCGACGGACCGCGUCUUCCCGACUCGCUGAAUCGUUACUGCGACUUUCGCAAGGAUCUCAUGCGGCUCUCUCUAGUCAGGUAAGGUCGACACUCUUUCCGGAAUAAGUAUUCAUGCAUUCUACUUAUUUUACAAUAUUCGUAUAUACGGCGGUUGUGCCACAAACACAACAUUAUAGGAUUAACCAGGGUGGUGGUUGAGAAGUGGUGCGGUAGAUGUUCGCUUCGUUUUUUUGCUUAAAAUGGAGUUUCUGCGUCAGUCAAAACUCCGCGCCCGUUGUUUUCAAUUGCUCUCUUUGCUACAAAAAAAGCAACUGCGUUGGUAAAGUUAGGUCAAUUAUGUUUAGGAAUUCGGUAAGAUGUGGUUAUAUAGCCCCAUCUGAUGGACACAAUACUGUUGGGGUUGGGAUCAAGGGUUAGAACAACUAUUUCUCAACCACUCAAAGUACAGCCCCACUUUCCCAAUAGCUUUUCUCCUGCAUACCACUACUUGACCUCGUCGCCUGUACGUUUCCCGGCCCCACCUGUAAAAACCCCUAUCACCACCGGUUCCGUAUUACGGGUGGCUGGGGUUUGUUUACUUCGGGUGAGGCUACAUAAGCACAUCUGACAAGGCAGUCUUACAUAGUUCCAAGUAGUUUCGCAUACUCAAACUAUAGCUACGACUGAAAACGUGGGCGCUUGGACGACAGGCAGCUGAGCGGACAACUUGACCCUUGAGAUCGAAAGUCACGCUGCGACGGAUCCUCCCGAAUGGUCAUGUGUAGGCUGGUUCUGUUGGGAGAGGAACUAGCACAUGCGGGCGGGAAUGUCUGCCCAGCCACUGCGUCAGAUAUCAUCUCCGGUCGUCUUAGCACCGCAAUACGAUUGAGAUUCGACGAACAUAUAUGGGGUUUUUUUCGCCAGUCUUCUUUACUGCUCUUUAAUCCACCCAGGUUGUGGUGGUCCUUGCCAGCCGUUACUCACCGCGACCAAAAUUCUGUCGUCAGAGAUCAAGCUGACGAAACCAUUCGAUUUUGGGCUCUUUCGCCAACUCAGUCAAUGGAUAGCAGACAAAUGACAAGAUUUUCCCCACUCGGAGGGGCUAUUGUAGCCAGGAAUACGAGUACGGCUUGAAUACCAGUUGGAUUUGAUUUUAGCGACAGUUUCGAUGUAUAGGCCGUUUAUGUCCAUCGGCAUCGCUAGACGGGACUAAAAAGUGCAUUUAAGUAGAAGAAGCAGAUGUUUGUCGGCUACUACUGCCUAUGGCACAAUUCAAGAGGGCGUCAAAGGUUGCUUAACCACAUAAUCCACAGCCUACACGGAACCGGUCUACUCUCGAUCUCGUCACUAGUACAUUCCCGGGAUUAGCAGUUAAGGUGUCGACGUGUCCAAACAUGUAUGCCAACUCCGAAAAAUCAUAAAGCCCGUGUUUGUUUUAAUAUGUUUCCUUUUCCAAGUAUAACGUGAUCUAUGGGCACUGUUUAAUUUUUUUGUCAAUUCCUGUCUUGGAAAUGCUGUCCGUCCUAGACCAACCAUUGCUGAUUACGCGAAGCAGUGGAAUCGCAAACAUCUGUAAAUCCUCGAUAUUUCAGUGAAAUCUUGCUUAGUGGCUACUGUUUUCGGUUUUAUAGCGUACAAUUUCUUUUAAGUAUCUUCAUAAACGAAUUUCUUGAGAUGUGGAUUCUGGUGAACGAGGGGAGUAUUUGCCGAAACCCUUUCAUCCAGUCCAUCCGUUUGGUGCGAUUUCACCAAUGUAGGAUCUUACAUCACGAUGGUAGUGAGAGGGUAUUCGACCUCAGCCUGCCUGUCAUUAUUAAUUUUAAUGAGUCAAACAUGCAGAGAUAGGAACCUCAAUCGAGCUGUCAGUUGUUAACCUAUUUCUACAGUUUUCGGGACGCUCUUAUAUUUGUCGAAUGCUCUUCUACGAGGAGAUAUGCUAGUCUGUCGUCCUCCGGCGAAUUGCGACAGAACGAUCGGCACACCGCACCUGCCAGACGAGUUGCAUUAACAGUCAUUGUAGAAAAAAGGAGAUAUAAGUGGCUUCGGUGCUCUGGAUUUCCCAAAAAGUUGAGCUUCCUUCCUAUUUCUACUCAAACAUCAAAAUCCCAAAUUGCAUUCCUAAGGAUUGUUGAUUGUCAGGCCACGUUAUCGGACUCAAUUAACUGAAGUAUUUAUCUUUUUCCAAUUAUGUGGUCUGGCCUGCAUCUCAGAUUGAUAUUGCCUCCUUCCCAUAAAGUCUUGUCAUGGAUCACGAUAUCUUUAUCAGAGGUAUUUCGCAAGGAAGCUUGCGAAUUUUUUUAUACUGCAGGAUCUGAUGCCGAGACCUCUUCAAGGUUGGCGUUUGUCUCCUCUUAUAACUUACUUUUUAUGGUCUAAUUAAAGCAGACUGCUGACCGAGGCAGCCCCUUUUCAUGCUGGACUAGAACUGAUGAAGCCUCCGGUUUUCCUAGAAUAACCUUCCACAGUUUUGCAGAUGCCUACUUACAUCGUACUUUUUAGGUUACGAGAGUACCAGAAGACUCAAGAGAAUUCAGCCCAGUCUGGGGUACGUUUGCCUUCCGGUAGAUGUUUGACCUUUGAAAUGGCCCUGUUAGUUUUCCUCUUUGCGAAUUAUCGAAGCUUCCAUAUCUGCAUGAUCACUGGUUUACACCGCUUCACCCGCGUUUUUUGCCUGCUUACCCUGUGUUAACGGUAUGUUGGCCUGCGUGUGUUCAAUGCGAACUUUGUUAACUAACACCGUGAAGCCAAAACGGGCCAUGUAUAAUUUCUUACUGUAUCUACCUAAACAUUUAAUUUACCCCGUUACGAUAAAUUAGGCGCAGUGUUCUAACCACCUGUGUUUUACGGCGCAGGGAAUUUAACCUAUCUGAAGCCUUUAUAGGACAGAGUUCCCACUGACCUUUUGAUAAACUAGUGCUGAUUUCAUUGCAAAAGUGCCAAUGCAAUCUGUUUUCUCUCUCCACUCUAGCGAAGUCGAGUUGGAGCAUCCAACCGGAGCCUGGAUCUCGUGCCACCAGGCCGAAAACGGUAGGUGCCCAACUGUCCAACCAAAUUACUAAAGUCACUAUCCAACAAAGGGCCUGCAGACAGUGCCGCAGACAGUCUUUUAGGCUGCCUAACUUUCUUCUGUAAUACAGUCGCGCUGUCUACUGCACAGAGCCGUAGUAAGAGAGGCUACUUGGGGGAAGUGGAGGUCGUCGCCUUGUUGGUGAAGUCAUCUCUCUUCCCAAUACUGCGUACCUAACGAGGGCCAUGGCACGUCGGGGGAGACGGUGCUACCCGUCAUCAGCUUAGCUGCCUGUCACCCGGCGCGUCCACGGGUGGUUGGUGGCAGAAUAGUCUCCAGCAGACCAUGGCUGCGAACUAAGCAAACUCAUAUUUUUAAGGGGACCAGUAUCGACAGUGCAGUGGGCGGAGGUCUGACGCACCGGUCAAUGAGUUUUUAAUGCGGUCACCUCUGGUAACGGAUUUUUUUGCGUACCCGGACAAAUUAACUGUGCAUUGGCGGUAAGCAUUUACUAAUGCCUUGAAGGUCUAUCCGAAAUUACUUUUAGCGUCGACCCAAACCCAUAAAAGGGCAUUCUGCGUCAUGAGCCUGGUGUUCUUGUGUCAGUACGACGUCUGGCAUUGAAAACGCCGGCAAAGACGAGCACGGAAGGAGUCGACGUAACUUUCCCGGACCUUCAGACGAAUAUACUUCAUUACUAGUUCUUGUCCUCCAAUCCCGAAUAAGGCCUAUUCGAAUUCGGUAAUACAAAAACGGGCAGGAGAAACCCACACAGUGAGCGUAUCUUCUUCGAGCUAACUAGAGCAAUCGGUCUUACAUGUAACUUGUUAAAGGGAGGGGGACUAAUCUAGAUCCGAUUCCCAACUUUCGCACAAGUUAUUGGAUGUAAACUCACUCAAUAACUGAGCCAACUCUGCCCCACCUGACACCAGUCUCCCUGCCUGUGUCGUAAUACCAUUCUGCCUAUAUCAUGCGCCGCUCUACGGCUGCUAGUUGGACUCGAGAGAGAGCCCAUAAGGCACAAGGAGACGAGUGAGUUCCGUAGAAACGAUCGUUGAGCGUCCCUCUACCAUUGUAUAUUCCCGAUCUCAACCGAAAAGACAACGAGCCCGUGACCCAGUGGUUCGAGGCGUUGGACAAGUAGUCAUUCGAGCUCUUGACUUUUCGCUACUCAAACGACAGUCUAACUACACUUUGUAUUGUUCCCUGGCGGUGGUCCCACUUUCGUCUACACAAGCUUUCAUUGGUAGUUUGUAGACGCUGGUGCUCUCGAAAGAGCGCUAUUUUUAGAUGGUAUUCUAUCAACGAGCCGAUUGUGGGAUUCCCCACAGGUUUAUUGGGCCUCACUAAAACCCCCAUAAUGGAAUACUGGGGACCGUUUUUUCUCAUCGUUCUCUGUUUAUCGCUGCCUGAGUGCCGUCCAGGAGGGAUUUCAAAACCGCUAAGGUCUUAGGUAAUGAAAACUGAAUGGACUGAAGUUAGUCACAGCCACUCGAACAGUUAGGGCCAUGGUUGUCAACAGUAAACCGAAGAAAGUGACGAAGCCGACCGACGACCGAUGGAUUACUACUUCACUGAUGGCCUUUAUCCUAUCCCCUUCUCGACAGAGGAAAAAAUAAUCCACAAUCUUUUGAAAGCAAAGUUAUACUAAAGCGAUCUAGGCAUACCGGCUGCGGUGAUUCGAAGGAUUGACCAUGAGGACAACACAUCAAUUCUUUGCGGACAGCACGCAGCACUGUAACAGUAGAUUUUCUGCUACUUUUACAUGGCCAGACUAUUCUUUUCAGACACGAUUUAGGGUCUCCAAGAUAUCGUUAAAAGCCUACCGUAUAUUCUCCACACUUCCUAUAGUCCGCCAUCAUAGAGUGCCACCCUCAUUAAAGACGGUGGACAAGGUCGAACAUCUCACUUAUGCCCUCUGGGCUUAAAAAAUGUCUGCACGGCGCUCCUACGAUCUCCGCGUUUAAUAUGCAGUGUGAAACCGCCUCAUGGUCUUCUCUUUUUGUUUUAGCCCACCGAACAAGGCUUAUGGUCUGGUCUGGGAUGGUAAGGCGCCUUGUGUGUUUUUGAUACAUUUCGGAUGCUGCCACCGCUAGUGUACACUGCCUCAAAUUCAUUUGUCAGACUCACCGUCAGGUGGACUACGUUAAACAGCCCUCAGUUAGCGUCCGUUGCUGGACUAGGGAAUCCUUACAUCAAAAACCUGUGAAUUGCGACACACUCAUUUGUAAAUCAGUCUAGACGGUUGAGGAUGACAAAAGGCUCUCGGCACUUGACGACAUACUUCUGGAUGUUCUAGCUGCGCACACUGACGCCAAGAGGCGAGCGUGGUUAUCGAGCUACGUCCUGCCUGGACCUUCAGGGUUUAGUAGCCGAAGUCAAAACAGGCGUUUCGAGGUUUGUUGAAGUCUAACUUCAUAAUAACGGGAUUUUAGCCGAACUGGUUUUCUCUGAAAUUGUGAAUGUUUACACAAACCGUAACCUGCGCUCAUUUAACUGACUUGUUUGGUGGAACACGUUCGCUCUGAUGACUUCCGUCUUAUUUCCACGGUAGUUCUAUCAUGCCUAACGAAACGGCACCUGGUAGGGGGGCGCUCACCGAUCAUUCUUAUGGAACUCCCUCGUUCCGUUGUGCCUUACGCGCUCUCUCUAGCCCAACCACUAGCCGCACAGCGGUACAUGAUAUAGACAGUAUGUUAUUGCCGACAAAGACCAGGGAGACUGGAGUGGCCAUUUCUGGCCUAGUAGCCGUUGUCAGCCAGUCAUACCCAACCCCGAAGUGUGGCUAGAUGCGUGGACUUCUAACAGGUCGUAGGUUUGAGCCUCAGGUGUUCCACACUUCCGAGUUGGGUAUGACUGGCUGAGGACGGCUAAUAAGCCAGAAAUGGCCAUUCCAAUCUCUCUUGUCUUUGUCGGUAAUAACAUAAAACGACACAUCCAGUCGUUUAACAGUAGGUGACCGUUCACGUUCUCACUGAAUCGUGCAGAUAAGGGACUUUGAUAGCAUGCACGAGUUGCAUUCCCUUGUACGUCCACGAGCUGUGCUACUUCUCUCUCAAUAGUUGCAACUGCCCCUUCUGACGCAAUAAACGGGGGCGAUUAUGACAUAAGUCAAUUCCUAACCUUAUCGAGAGAAAGCUAUUGUGUCCGUCGUGUAUUUAUCUCAUGCAUACCGACGAUAUCAUUAAGUUCUGUGUCAUUUGACAGGUACGACUUCACUCAGCCUACUUGUACUCAUCUUUUGGCCUAUGAGAUAGAGACAGCUGUUCACGCCCGAGGAACUAGGGUAAACAUGACGCAAAGAACGCCGGGUCUGCUUUCGUACAAAGACGUUGCCCCCAGGUCUCUUAGAUGCAGGAGUCUACUGCUCUAUUACCACCACCACCACCACCACCACCACCACCACCACCACCACCACCACCACCACCACCACCACCACCACCACAGCCUAGUAUCACCACUACUGUUACCAAUUAUAACGAUACUAAUAAUAAUCUAAUUGCGUUUGUCUUUCUGCAUUUUCCUUCAGCCAACUCUCGUCGUGGAAUGGCCGAGGGAGAGGACCUAGACUCCGAACAUUACAACACCAGCCUGUCAGCUUUCAUCCUAUUAGUUGAAGUAGGUUCUUCCGCUUUUAUUUGGAAAUUCACACACCUCAAUCACUAAAAUACCGGCGCCUAUCUACUUAUCCAAAUGAUUACUUCCAACUGCCUUGUGAGACGCAAAGCCGGACGAAUUGUAAUCAUUUAUCCUACCUAUCGUCUUCAACUAUAGGGCUUCUAGGCAUACCCACUACCACUUAUGAUCCUAUUCGGUCUAGGAACUACAUUCGGUUUGAUAAGUUUACUCCUUAAAUCAGACCAUGUGAAGUUGGAAACUCACAAUCAGAAAAGGCUUACUGCAAAACGCACCCGAACCGCCGGCCUGUCGAUGCCGCGUCAAGGGCUUUUUCUGUGAACACUUGCAUCUGAAUCCGCCAUGUUUGUGAGUAAAUUAAUCUUACUUGCCUUCUUAUUCGUCAGGUCUCCAUACAGCAGUAUGCUCUACCAACUUUACUCGUUAACCUUCCAGACUUUGUCAAAGUCCGGUAUGUCAUGGAUACGCUUAUCGGUCUUGCAGCCGUCAGAAAUUUACCUUGUGAUUUUCGUGGAAUUUCUGACCGCUCUCCUCGCAAAUCGAAAUGAAUGGGAUAUUCACUAUUUGACUGCUAGGAGUUUGCGCCCGAAGCCCAGUUCUAUCACUACUCAAGUCUUUAUAAGCGUCCCACGCAAGUUGCAUCUGUAAACAGACUGCCAAAGAACCCUCGUUAAUCUGGGUACUUGAUUGACACCUGAGAAGGAAAAACCAACCUUUUGUCACAACGUCUGAAGUGCGUUACAGCCUGGAAAACUCGUUAUAGGUUAAAAUUCGUGUCUGCUCCUCGAUAACUUCUAUUAAUAUACAAACGGAGGUAAAUGCUCGUAUUCAGCGUGGAAUGACAUGCAAGUAGAGGGACUUUGUAGGUCUUUAGAAGCCCGCUGUUUCAUACGUUCUUCUCCUUUUUUUUCUCGCGCUUCCCAGAACGAUCGUUCACUUCUCGAUCAUCUCAAACUCAGUAGCAACUCACAUGAAGCUCGCUUCGCCUGCAUCGCAAUCUGCAAAGGUGCUACCAAUGACUUACUCAGCGAAGGCAAUGUGAGCUCCUUCCUCCCUCCCUAUACUUCCAUGUAACAUCCUGAAAGUUUUUUUGUUGAGCUUCCUGACUCGCGCUAAAAGCUUCCCUGCUGUCUCACUUUCUUGCCCAGAGUAUAUUUCUCCCUUCUCUCUUCUUCCCUUAAGCUCCUUGUCCGGUUGAUGAAUCGGGCAACAGGACGUGGCGAGUUUCACAUGAUAAUCUCCCUGCUAGUUGUGCUGAGACGUUUCUUCGAACUGGCAAAGUCGUUUACGGAGAACUUGAAGGUACUAUCCCGGUGUUUUGUCUGCGACACCUCUCUCUCUCUUCACUUACAAUUCCAGUAUACUUUACUGCCUCAUUCACCCACUUUCUCCAGAUCAUUGCGCCGUACAGUCAGCCUUUCAACGACCUUGUACAUCGUUUGCGCGCUCAGUCGAAACAGACGCUGGAUUUGUUUGUGCAGCAACUGUCACCCACUGCCGGCGGCAAUCUUGUCCCCCCGGACGCCACUGUCCACGAACUGGCCUCCAAUGUGAGUUGAAUCAUUGUUUUGUGAAGUAAAUACUCGGCGUUGUAUACACCCUCCUUAAGGGACGACGGUGGCAUCUGCGGCAAGAUUUGAUUUCUUUUGGUGAACAACUCUGUUUUGCAAUCUGCUCGAGGGUAGCCCCUCGUAAGCUUUGCUGGCAAACUUUGUCGCAUACCCUCUCCCCUCCCCAGGUCACCGUAGCUCUUGCUGGCCCUAGAAAAAAAUCGCCCAGUUUGAGUUGUCCGACUGUUUUCAAAUGCAAUUAGGCGGUAAUACACACACGCCGGAACGGCUCAGCACUGGCCUCCAAUCCUCGACGGGUUAGCUCAACAUGAAGCACGGUCUAUGGACUUUAUCCCUGGCGCAAAAACUAAGCCAAAAUUGGAUCACCUGACAGAAAGUGGUUCCUCCGGAGUAGUUCUGGUUAGACUUUCUACUGCUGCUGCUACUACUACUAUUUACCAUUUCAGCCUGUUAUAACUAACACCACUUCUGACUGUAUAUUUUCUCGUUUUUUUCUUCUGAUUCCUCUCACAGGCUCUUCUGUUUUUGGAAAAACUAAUGGAGUACGAAUCAGUUGUCGAUGUGAUUUUGAUGUGGGAUGAGACGAGCUUCCCUCCGGAGGCAUCAAUUGACUAUCUAGCCUCCUUGACUGCAGACUCGAUGAAAGGACGAGCGGCAGCAUUCGGCGGCUACAUCCGUGAGUCUCAGCUCUAAGCGGACCGCAUUGUGGCCGCACAUUUCUGUCAGGCGUCUAGGUCGCCUUUUUUGCCUACACCGUGACUACGCAUUGAACCAUCACAUGGGCCUAUUUGGUCAUACCACACACCCUUGAACACCACCCCACAGUUCGGCUUUCACAGUCAACGAUGUCCACGACGGCAGUUCAACCCUCGCUUCCGAAGAUGUCCAUCGUGGGUCCCACAUCAGGGUGCGCGCAGGGGCUGUGACUUGCGAACGAAUUAGUCUACAAUGAUGGUAGAUUUGCGCAGCUUCUAUCACACUCCUUUCUCACCAACGUAGGCCCGUUGUCAAGACAGAGCUAAGAAUGAUAUCUGAGUCGGGCACACUGGCUGACAAAGCUAAACGACCCGUCUGCGCGUACCACACACGUAACGACGGCAGGUUUUCACACAGAGCGGUGCUCGGCUCGAAUCUCACAUGCGUGAGAGCCCCUUUAGGAGGCAUAUAAAGAAGGAGCAGUUGAGUCUGACCCACAGACCACCAGUCGACCACUGCAAAUAAUAACACAGGGUCGCCGGCCGUUCUGUCGUCAUUUGGCAACCCUCUAGACCAAAACGUUAAGAGCGUAUUGAUAGAUUCACACGCGUCAGAUUUGUUGUAGUGAGGAAUGCGCUAAAGUGCCGUGGGGAUGGAGUCCUCAGAGUCGACCCCACUCUCUCUUUCCUCUCCAGUGCAUCGGUCGAUCAUCCGUGCUGGUCAUUCAACUAAAGCUGAUAACACCAUCAGACACUCUCUCCCUCGCCCACCGGAGUCCGGUGUCAAGGCAGAGUUAGCAAGACCGGAUGCGGACUCGAAGGCAGGGCUGGAAGGUGGAUUAACUCAUGAAAUGUCAACCGAAAUUUCGAAAUGCGGUUUUGUUUCGAAAAGAUUAACUAAGUAGGGUUGUAAAACUAAUCGGUCUGCAGUAUAAUUCUACAAUAAUUCAUUUACCUCAGGAUGCUGGCUUUGAACGAACUGUCUUCCGGCCACAUACAAAAACUAUACUGUGUAAAAAUGACUACUUAAGUAGCAUGCAUUUUUCCCAUUGAUUUUCGAUGCCCUUAGAAAUUCAAUUACAUUUCAUGGAAAAAAUGCAUAACAAUAUUCUUUCUUCUGUUCAUUCGCUAGAAAAUCACGUCUUCCAAUUUUAUACUCGAAGGAAGGGUAUAAUUCGACUUGAAAAAAAUUUUUAAUUGUAAGAUUUUUUAAUACCGUGAAAUGGCAGUUCAUAAAACAUCAUGUCUCUGCAUUCACCAGUGCGGCUGGUAAAGUUAACAAUAUGGAUCAAAUCCAAUGCUAAAUUUUAUGAACCCUAUAUGGUGUCCUCUUAAUACCGUGGAGAAAUGUGAAGUUUUUCGUACGCGGAAAAUACAUGGCUCGUAGGUUGGAAACCCUGAAUGCAAGUGUGACGGCAGAGCGGGUUCAAAACUAUUCGGAAAUUAGGAUAGUUUUUGAAAUCCGAAUUAUGUCCUUCCUUCGAGCAUAAAAUAAGAAGAAGACGUAAUUUUCUACCGAAUGAACAGAAGAAACAAUAUUGUCAUGCAUGUUUUCCAUGAAAUAUAAUUGAAUUUUUAAGGGCAUCGAAAAUCAAUGGGAAAAUGCAUGCCACUUAAGUAGUCAUUUCUACACAGUAUAGUUUUCGUAUGUAUCCGGAAGGAAAUUCGUUCGAAAGCUAGCAUCCUGAGGUAAAUGAAUUAUUGUAGACUUAUACUGCAGACCGAUUAGUUUUACAACCCUACUUAGUUAAUCUGUUUGAAACGGAAACGCAUUUCGGAAUUUCGGUUGACAUUUCAUGAGUUAGCCCACCUACUGUAAAUAGCCCAUCUAUGCGUGUCAUGCACGACCUGGUCCCGGCCGAAUGUACCAGGUCUUCACUGGAAGGGGUGACUCGGGUGUGCCAUAGAGGCCCCAUUCAGGAGUCAUUGGGCCUGACUGUCAGUCCACCAGUCCGCCACUUCACGUAAACAUACACUGCUGACCACGGGAACCGAGUUAUCCCAUCAGCUGGCAACCUUCCCCGCCAAGGCUUUUAGCGCGCCGGGGGGAUAGUCUCAAGGCUCAUCAGAUUUUCUAUAGUGGGGAAUGCGCCGAAGUGCCGUGGAAGUGGCCUCCUGAGGCCCGACCUCAUUCGCUCCUCCCUCUUACAUGCACCAGUCCGAGCGGAUCAGUCAUCUGGUGCUGGUAUCUUAUGCAAGCUUUUGGCUACUACCUGUGCUGUUAGUAUGGAAUCACCUUACCCUAAAGUAUACUACUAUCUGUCUGUCGGCAGUUAAUGAAUAUUACGCGGUUGCCCGCUGUGGUUAAUGGACUUCGGCCCACUUAUCAUGCAUAAAAACGCUGGUCUGAACCUACAGACCUUAAAUAUACUGAUCUAUUCCAAGUUCACAGUCAAUUUGUAAGGAAAUUAAAAAGCACUAAAGUGCAGUUCCUUUUCUCUGCCGACUUGGUGUUUUUUAACCUUCUUCGUACAUUCCUAUCUAGUCCAAGUUGUCGCGGCAGUCAUCGCGAACAUAGACAAGAAGUCGGAGAACUACCCUGAGGACAUUCAGAAGCUGGUUUUCCAGAUGAACAAUGUGCAGUACAUCAUAAAAACGCUUCUAAGGUCAGUCACAGCUCUUUUUAAUUGCACAUCCGUGCCUUUGCGUCAGUUAAUGUACCCUUUUGACGUGACUGACACUUAUUAAUACUGUAGAGAUAAUGUCCACCGUAAUUGUAGCCGCAUUAGCGAUCAGGUGAGCUCGAUGCAGAUAAACUGGUGUAUCGUUCGCGAGUAAUAUUUUUGUAUGGUACCGUGAACCGAUUGCAUUUUACCCCUUCUUCUCCCAUUCGCUGCCGUUUCGGCCACUAUUUUGUUUCUCAUUUUACCAUUUCAGCACGGGUCUGCAUGAGCAGCUAUUGCUCUAUGAAAACUCGGCCAUUGAUAAGUUCCGAAGCCUUCUGGAGGAUCGAAAGAAGUUCUACGUUCGCGGGUAGUCUAUUUUAACCAACCUAUAACUUCACUUCGACCUUUCCAAAAAAUUGCUUGUACUAGCCAGUUGAGUUCCCGUCUCGAUCUGUACAUAACUUCGCCUACCUACCGCAGUGGAUAUCAGCGACGCAGAUUCUCUGGCCGGCAUUCCAAUUUAGGUCCAUGCCGGUGGCUGAGUAAAUCAGGUAGAUGGCAAGAGAUCCCGAUGCCUUUUUGGUUGCAAAUUUACUGGCACUUGCUGUGCAGAAAAAUAAGCAGGUAGUCAAAAAAUGGCAACGUUUUCUUUGAGAAACCUAUCGAAAGUGAGUUUGCCAAGUCACAAAUUUUUCGGCUUCUCAUCUAGCCUGCUAGUUUUUCUACCACCACAUUCUGCCCACAGCAACGACUGAUUUUGCCUACUGGUGGUGAACUGGACACCCAAAAUGGACUGCUCUCUUGCGUCAGACAUAAACAGGACCAGAACAUGUGUAGCCUACGCGGGGCAGCAUGUUUAUUUCACGUUAGAUCUCUGCGCCCUGCUUGAUUUGGACUUAUCUACUGGAAGAGAGACGAGCUUGAGGUCAGUAAUGUCCGACCUUACUUCGCAAUGAUGUCCGACUAUGCCAAAUUUAUCACAACGCGCUAACUAUGCGUGUUGAGCUCGCGCAGACCGGUUCCCUGCGUCAGAUCAGACACUACGCCUACACCCACUUCUAACCUUUUUGAGCCCACUCUAGGUUCAACCGAGGUCUGAAAACGGCGCACGUCUCGGCGUACUCGGCCCUAAAGCUGCUAAGGGGUUGUUGUCGCCACGUGUUCUCGCCGACCAGGCGGACAAAAGCUACGAUUCAGGUUUGCCCGGAAUUCCUUUGUCGUUCAUCUGCCAAUAAACUAGGAGAUCUGGGGAUUCCUCUCGCGGGAUUAGCAGUUUCAACGUAUUGUCGUAAAAGUUAGGGCAACGGUUUUCAUGGUCAUCCUUAUGUUGGAGGUCAGGGCAAAACACGAAAGACUGGAGUGUAACGCGCCAUCCUCUCCAACAGUCAAUCUCCGACAUAAUGUCCUCACUGCCAGCUGACGCUCUGUUAAUUGAUUGGCUUCGUUGGACACAGACGGAUCUAUCGCAGUUUCGUGGCGAUCAGAUCCGCCUCCCUCUCUACAGAGUGUCACUGUCAGUGUCAUCACUGAGGACACCCCUUCUACCUUUUGUUCCUAUAUCACAAUUUCCAGUCCAGGUCUGCCUUGCCCAGGCAUCUUCGUACCCACGAUAACGAAACCGUCGCCCGAACACAAAAAAACAUCCACCACCGCCAUCAGCAAUGCAGGCACAGUGCCAACUUUUUUUACGUUACGAUCGCGCCUUCAAAUUACGCAUCGGUCUGGUCGGUCACCUGCGGAUUCAUCGCACCGUGGCCAGAGGAUCAGCAUCUACAACUCCGACUAGCACACAUUAUGCAUACUCCUCCUGUGCACACUGUCCCAGAACAUUCCAACUUUACAUUGGCCUGUUCUGCCACAUGCACAUCCACGAAAACCUUCUUUAAAAUAGCACAUCCCAGGCCCCCCACACAACACCUCGCCUUAGCUGCACACACUAACCCACUUGGACUACAGGUAGACUUACUCAGUCAGACAUGCAUAUACAGCCACUGUAAGCAGGGCGUCAUACACUCCUUGGUAGGACAUGGGAAUAGGAGCUCUGCGUAACGCAGACGGCCAUGCGCUCACCUCGAGGGAGUUUAGGGUCGGGGUUGACGUUAGGACAUGGAAAUAAGUGCUGUACCUGGAACUUAACUCAAGGCCACCCGUAUUACGGGGAGGUGGUUCCUAUUACCGUGCCUCACCCUCCCCCCCCCCCCUGAUACGGUGUGAAUGCAAUGCGAUUCGCCGGCGUCUUUUUGAAGGGCGAUAAGUCUUCCGCGUGAAUGCGCACAUCUCGCUUACACGAGAACUGUCCUGUCUUUUGCACCCUGCUAUAUGUGAAGUUCAGGAACAGCUCGUGUGUAGCAGGCUGUUUUGCUUCAUCGAUCACUGUUCUCGCACUAGUCCGUUUUUUUGACUUUAUCACGUCCUCCGAGCACAGGAGGGUGUAGUAAGAGAAAGUAAGGUAGAUUUGGCGAAAGUCUGUCUCGCUAUAAUGAAAUUCACUCUCAAUUUAUGGCUGUGCUUUCUUCAUGGACUUCGUCUCUUUUUGCGGUCGAACUAUUGCAUGUGUGUUUUGUGUGCUUUCCGUCUGUUUCGCCACCGUGAGAGAGAGAGAGAAGGGCGCAAGCUGAAUGCGGACGACCGCCUUCAGGGUGUAUUUUACGCCUCUUUAGCCUGACAGACAUGCUCCAUCUUGCACCCACUGUGGGCACAGAAGGAGCAGUUCGUUACCUGCGCAACACGGCCUCUCUCUGGGGCGCCGCCCUGGCCAAUGCCGUCUCGGCUCAUGCCUCCCCGCGCCUCGGCAAGUCCAGUUCCUCAGCGGUCUGCCCACCCCAGCCUUCUUCCGCUUCACCACCGCAGCCAGACAUUCCGAACCCUUUAUCAGGCCUCGCCUCUUCAUCUUCCCCCGCAAUUACCAAGGUUCUAUGCUUACAUUGCAGCUGCCGCAUGCCUCCUAGCAAGCAUCAUGCGCUCCCUUGCGUUGACCGUUAUUGCCUUGGUAGUGAAAAAGCGCAUGUUCAUCCGUCUCCUCCCUAUUUAUCACCGUGCGCCAACUUGACUGUCAAUCGCUGCUUUUGGCGCUUGCCAGUUCCUGUGGGACAUCAGGUUUGCGCUCACUGAUGUUCUCAAUGACAUAUAUUCCGGCCUAUCCCAAGGGACUUGGCACUUUUGAGCAGAUAUGCUUUGUGUAAAUGGACAGGCUCGUUCCAUCCCCACUCAGGCAGACGGCGGCAGGGUCGCGUCCGCUGUUUUUUACGCCGUCAGACUCAUUGGCACGCAACUAGUUGCUUAUCCCUGUAGUUUCGAUUUUUCCCACUUUUGACUGCUCUUCUGCUCGCCAUACUCCGCCUGAUUGCAUGUUCACCAGGUUUUCCUUUCAUGUAGGUGCAUGCGUGCUGUUAACCUAUUGGUUGGCAAUCUUGCCGACCAACUGCAGCAACGAAGACAGGUAUAGACUCCAUCGUCAUUGUGUUUUCUCCCUCUGGUAUUUCCAACCCCUGUUGCACCCUCUCACUACUCGCCUGCACUUAAAUUCCUCUUCACCUCGCGUUUACGUCCUUGGCUUCCUCCUCACUCGCACUAAUUUUCUUACUACUGUUAUUGCUCCUCAUAACCGUCGCCUUCCACCGAGCCCUUGCUCAUCCUGACUACCUCAUUCAGUCACGCCAUUGCAUGCGCAUGAAUGGUUUCUACUUCUUUCAAUUUCAGCAAAUUUAUUGUGUUUUGUAGCUGGACUCACGCGAGAGGGCACAAAUGAAGGCGGCAUGGACUGUAAGCACCCAAAGUUGCUGAAUCAUCCUACCUUUCUUCCACCAUCACUCUAAGCCACCCUAACUCUGUUGGUAACUCGUACUGACACCCUUCCUCCAGAUUAAUGUCGCGAUAGUUUUUAUGCCUUGUUACUGGUUACUUGCAAAGUCGAAAGUAACCCGUUUUGUCUCACUUAUGCAGAAUAUAAAUCAAGGCCUUGUGAACCUGACGAAGAUGCAUUCACAGCUGUCACUGCCGGACAAGGAUUUGCGCGAGAGUCUCUGCGAAUGUGUCUGCGCCGAACUCGUUCCAGCCUACCAAUCAUUCCGGGAAAAGUCCCUCUCCAUCCCGUUCACAUCAAGGCGGGAAAAAUACAUUCGGUUUACCCCGGAGGAAUUUCGUGGAAGGUUGAAACAGCUCUACGUGUCAGGGGCUGCUGUUCUUGCCUGACGUUUGUCACCACGCUCAGAAAUUCUGGAAUAAUAAUUCUCAUCUUACUCGCCAACCUUCAAGGACUUUUUACCCUUACCCUCUGUAUGAACCAUGGUCCUCCAUCCUUACUCUUCCCCGUUCUGCGCUUACGGAAGCAUUACUUUGAUUAUUUUAAAUCCUUUUUAAUGUUUACUUCUGUUUUUGUAACUUUCUUUUUCACGAAGAUAAACGCAUUUGAACUGCAGUCUCCUGUUUGACGCGUCAGUCUGGUGGCAUACUUAUCUAAUUUCUGCCUCUUUUUGAUAAUACUAUCGUGCUCCUUGACAUUGCCAUGAAUAAAUCGUUAGGUUCUUUGGGCCAAUGCGUAACCACAUCAAUUCCUUUUUGGUCGAAAAGUAGGAUCGCCGUUUAAACCACGAGAAACCCUUGCAUCCUGCAGAAACUAGCUCGGUUAAGGGUGGGAUUCUACUCAGUCCUUUCGACUGUCUUGAGAUUUGUCAUAGUUUCCUCACUCAGAACCAUGAAUCAACCGUCAACGCUAGAUGUCAAGACAUUGACACCGGUCAGUAUCUGAAUCCUUAACUAGUGUCGACAAACAUGCCGGCGGUUACUCGCGCCUUCAGUGAUUUAUCUUGUCGCCGACAUUAUCUCAGAUCCGCAAUCCAACAGUUCAGAAUUAAAGUCGGAACAACCUACUUGUGUGUAAACUAUGCGUGGACCUAAUCCCUCUGUGAAGGCUAAGUCUUGUACGAACUACAUAUUCAUAUCUCUCUCGAUAUGCGACUGGAGCUGAUUAUUCCACCCAUAUCUCUUGACGCACAAGCACUUCCUUCUCGGUACAGUUUACCUGUCAUGAUUCGUAUAAUUUCAUCCUUGUGCGCCCUACGCUCCAAUCUGGUCCGAGGAAGCGGUGUUUUUCACGUUAUGUUAUUAUAGAGAUCCCUGUAUUUUCAGCAGGGGCCUCCUGUACAUAUCACUUGUGCCGGUAUUAGCUAAAUUUGCAAUUUUUAGGAUCUUUCCCAGUCCUUCGGCAGAGUAGAGAGUAGGCAUCCCAUUCUUGUUUCUAUCCAUUUUGCGUACUCUUUCCACCUGUAAGCUGUCGCCACUGCUCGAAUCGGGCUUCCCCCCUCCUCUGCUUGCCCAUAUUUUGAAUAAGAUUUCCCCUGGCUUCGCACCUCGAAUGACGUACGCCUGCGCCCUUCCUGACUGUUUCGACCCUGACCCAUGCGCAGCACCUGGUCGGCCGUUUCUGAUUAACGUAGUCCAGACUUCAUAAGUUCCCGCAGGUUCCUACUGAAUACUGGCAUCCAGGUGUUGACUGACUGCCUUUUCAAGUAUGCGCAGGUCAUGAAAGCUGUGGUUAGAUUUUUUACGGAAAGGGUGUUGUGUCCAUGCAAUUCCGCAUAACCCAGUCAUGUGGGAUGACAAGGGGCUCUGACCUUAUCAACUGCAUUUUCCAUAUCUUAUUUGGUCCCCAUCAAACUGUUUUCCAGCUGUCAUGCACCACUUUAAUACUCUUACAAUAAUGCCUCAGCGCUAGUGUUUUUCCCUGUCAUUGCGUUUGGUUGGUUAGACAUUUUCGCAGAAAUUCAAGGGAAAAUUUCUGUAGUCUCAUAGGGAUCGAUGUGGUUGGCCAAGGUCUUAUUCGCUGUCUCAAGAGGUUUCGCAGUUCACUUGUUUACUGCGAAUGCGUGGCACGCGCGUUCGCCUACUGUGGAAGAAAUCAGCGCCCGAGACCUGGUGGCAACUUGCGCAUGACCGAGAAAUAUUAUUCUUUCCCCAAAAGCGAACUGGAGUGUGUAUCCCGGAAUUGCGUCCACCGGUCAGGCUACAGGACAUGACUUGGCGCAUUUCUGUCAGUGUCCAUGUCUUUUUUUGUCGGGUUUUUUCAAUCCGGCACUGAAUGAGAAGGAAAAGGCUUGUCAUUAACGUCCAUGCAGCAUAUGUGUGAGUUGCGCCUACUGCUCAUUGCACGGACCGCGUACGAUACGGCAGUCGGAUAGUCUUGUGAAUUUGUCAAUCACCGCGUGGCCUUGAACCUGAGUUGCAGGCCGAUCGAGUGGAAACCUCCUAGUAGAGGAAAAAGCAGAUUCAAUAACUACAUGCACGUUUACUGAGAAAUAACUACCCUACUUCGGAAUUACACCUUAUGUACUAAAUUAGCGCGACUAUUAUCGGCCCUUUCUCAAACCUUGUGGUCGAAAGUGGGCAAUAUCAUAAGUCUCGGCCGUUUUACUGAUAACUAUCUGCCUCCUCAUUGCACACUCGGCAUUUUGUGCAAUUGUUUGUCCGAGCAAGCAUUCCAAUUUGGAUGCACACAUGGCAGCGUAAGUCAUUCUCACCUUCUUUCUAGGAAUUUGAUUCCUAAGAUAUUCUUUCCCGAUAGUGUUUUCCUUCUGUUCCUCCUAGAUUCUUUCCACGACUCCCCCUCAAUGGACAUCGUCUCAAGGUACAUUCCAGACGAUGUCCCCUUCGUCCGCGUUUCCGCGCCCAUGGUUCGUUAUUCGAAGUAAGUUCUGAUCCUGUCUCUAACUCCACUUAGGUGUUCCUAGUCCUCCGUUUACCCUGUCGUGUGGUUUGUAGUGUCAAGAGUAGCGAGUGCACUCAGAGCACCACGGUAAUCACGACCCAGUCUCGCUUUGGAGGAGAAAAGGAAAGAAGCCUAGUAGUGUUCAGAGCCCCCGACGUGCGGCCGGCUCCAGGCCAUUGCGCGCGUCUGUCCGCUACGGUGAUAUGUGCGCAAAUGGAUAGGCGUCACAUUUGAGUUAGUCAGCGUCAACUUGAUCAGUUGAUUGGGCGCCUGUGAUUGGCUGUCCCAGAGGCCGCAUGCGCACAUGUACCGGCUGCUCAGAGGCCGCGAUCACGUGGUCCUUAGCGCUAUGCAGGUGCGAGAGUGGAAGGCGUGUACACGCUUGAGGCACUACAGAUUCGUUUGGUAGCCAAAUCGCGGAUCCUUCUCUUAUUGAGCCUGGUGCAACCGAAAAUAACUUGAAGCCCGUAUGUGUUAGCAAUUUCCACUACUGUAAAUGUUAUUGCCUUCUGUUCUCCUUCUUCCUGGGGAUCCUGAGGCACAUGAGGAAAGCUACAAAACUAAGAAAGGGUUGGGUUAUUUUUGUCCUUUCGUCGUCUUGACAAUCUGGCCGUCUCGAGCGACGACCUCUGCCGUGUGUGCCGCUCGGAGUUAGCGCAGCGCCGGUGAAUUACGCGUAAAUUAGUUCACAGUGAGGUAGAUUUGCGCGCCAUCUGCCGCACUCCCUCAUCCGCCAGGCUCUGAUGGCAAGACAAUGUCAAGACGAUCGGCGGUGAACUCGGGUGCAGUGGCCAGCGAAACUAAACAGUCCGUCUACGCGUGUUGCUCACUGCCUGGUCCUCUGACGGGCGUGCACAUGGGGCGGCUUGAUCCCACGUGCGUAAGAGUGCUAUAAAGCCCACGUUAAGAAGCCAUUGAGCCGGGCUCUCAGUCCCUCAGCCCGUCACUCCACGUACAUACGCGGUGCGGAGCGUGAUAACCAAGUUGUCCCAUCAGUUGGAAACCUUCCCAGCCACGGCUUUUAGCUCGUCAUGACGUUUUCAAACGUCUGAAGUCUAUUGAAGGGAGGAAACCGCAGGUAUGCCGCGGGGGGGGGGGGGAGUGGAUUCCCCAGUGUUCAUCUCCCGCUCGCCCGUCGAUUAUCCGAUCCUGUCAGACAUCUGGUGCGAAGCUUGGGCGCAACAGCCGACAGCCCAUUUACGUGUGCCAUGCACAACGUCGUGAGAUUGCCGACACGAAGACUUGGAGUAGUUGUGGUGCAUGUUGACGUUCUCCAUCGAAGUGCUUAAGUAAGCUUAAUGCAUGCCCUCAAUGCUUGCGUGGUAUUUUUUCUCGUAAAUACUGUCCAGCCAUUUGUCAUGCCCAUUUUUGCCCUGCACAUAAAUCCCUCUCCAUUUUCAGACUUCCCUUCCGUCUAUUGGUCCGAAAGCACCAUAUUGACCUUGCCUACUCACCAAUGAUCAUGAGCGAUUCCUUCUUGCACUCUGAACAAGCCCGCGCAGUGGAGUUCACUACUUGUCCCGAGGAUCGCCCUCUCAUCGUUCAACUGGCCUGCAAGAGCGGACCGAAUUUUGAGCGUUGUUGUGAAAUGCUCCUCAACCAGUGCGACGGCGUGGACCUCAACUGCGGAUGUCCACAAAGGUUUCUUUGUGACCGAUACCUCUUUAUUUUUUUUAGUCCGUGGACCGUCUAGUUAGCUUUCUUUCAGCCAGUCUUUCAAAUUAUGAAUUGUUUUCAUGGAUUACAUGUCAUACAUACCGAAUUAGUUUGAGCUUUGCCUCUUCCGGGGUUUCCUUUUAUGUCACCUAGCGUAGAGGCUUGCACUCGAAGACCCGGGCCUUCUGAUAACUAUCUGUGCACUGCGUCCACUUUUGUACUUUAGACUUUAUUCCGCAAACACACGCACGUUUCUGACGGGAAUAUGUACAGCCCUUUUUAACCUGAGUCUCAUUAUGCUUCUACUCUGCAAUCUUCCCAAUGUCCUUGCUUGUUACCCUCCGAGAUACCGCGGUCAGAUUUUUCCGCGACUAGCAAUUCGGUGCUACCGAAGUUGUCCAGACCUACAUACAAGUAGUAUCCAUAGGAAACUGGUUUAGACGGAUCAUAUCCCAAAAGCAAGCUAUAUGAGUGUAUACCCCAAUUAGCAUGACGUGAAGCUAAUUCUCUGCGAAUAGAUGCAUUUCGCUCUUUUUUUAUAGCAUUGCAAGCAUAGAAUUUCAUUGGAGAACGUUUUCUGUUUGCUGAAAAUGCCCAUGUGGCUGUGGUUGGCAUGUGUCCCCUCUAUUAUUGCAUUCGCCCUUUGCACUUGAAGACUCGUUGGUUGCUGUCGUCGUCACUGUCAGCAGCCUGGCGAACCUUGCGCCUUGCGCCCUUAUCCAAGAACACUUUUUGGCCGGACUUUCUUCAUAACGUCCCUGACUGGCCUCCCUCGUCGCAGGAAGUUAUGCCAGACGACACUGCGCCUUAUCCGACCUUGAUCGCGAUUCCCAGUAGAACACACAUUAAGGCCCUGCAGCAGUCAUCGCUGCUAUCUACGAGCUUUGUACCCCCUUGUGCGAAUGUCUAUGAAGUCCUAAUUGUUUUUCUGCAUCUUGUAGUUGGGCUAUGAAGGACGGAUAUGGAGCGGCAAUGCUGAAGCAACCAGAACUGAUCGCAGAUCUUGUGAAGGCAGCUCGAAGCGUGGCGCCACGUUGGCGCUGUCCCACCGAUACAGCUGACUGCGACAAGCGCCCCGCCGCGGAUGUACCAGGCAGGGUGCCAUUUUCCCUCAGUAUAAAAAUCCGUCUUGUUCCAACUUCAAGCAGCAGAGCUACAGGAGCCGACUCGAGUGAAGAAAAUGUAGGAAUCACAACCUUUAUUUUUACCAGCAGCAUUGACUGAAGUAUAUUCUUUCCUUGCUGACAUGCAUGACAGAGACCCGGUUGAUAAAAAGUGUACUUGGAGACCGAGGCAUAAAUAUUUUGGCCAAAAAAUUUACUAACAUAAUUUGCCAGUGGCUGUGAGGCUACUAAAGUGGAGGAGUACCACGGCUCUAGAGCAAUAGGUAUUUUCAAGUGGAAACUUGGAAAAUUGACCUUAUUCAACCCUACCAUUUUGUGGUUGGCCAAGGGCAACUCUUUGCUGCCCGCUUGUAUUGGGCUAGGUUUCUUUCUAGACUGAACACCGGUAAACUAAUUAAGUCAGCCCCUUCUCGAUUGCAUAGCAACCCGAAGAUUUAGCAGUACAAUGGACGACUAACCGACCUCGGUAGUGUCGAAAAUCGAGGGGAGACUUUAUUCACACUGUUUAUUGCGUAACUUUAUUGUUUUCUUUGGCGUCAUUUACGCACAGACUCCAGUUUUAGCCACUCCAGUCCUACUUCCGUUGCCUAUUUCAAUGCAACCAUUCGUGACCGCAGAGUUGGGGGACAUCGUUGGAUUUUGCGUUUUUCGAAAUCAGAGGGCACAUAGAAGUUCGGCAAAACUCUAUAUCGCGCUCCAGUCAUUGGUCAAAUCAAUCAAAUCUGUAGAACUUAUUUCGAAAUAUUGCCCUUUUCCUCUGCAUGUCUUUUUUCUUCAUAUGCCUCAGAAUGUAAGACUCACCGUCGAGCUCAUUCGAAGGGCUGCCGCCAUGGGUUUGGACUGGGUGACGAUCCACGGACGGACACCCUCACAACGAACCAGCGAUGCGUGUCAGUGGGAGGCUAUUCGCGACAUAAUUGAGGCUCGCAUCCCCCAUCUGGACCACGGAGGCGCACCAUUGCCCAUCUUCCUGAAUGGCGACGUUACUUCGAUUGCGGAUGCCUGGAAAGCGCACCAGCUCACUAAUUGCAGCGGUAAGGCUGUAACAGAUAUCAAACUCUUCUAUAUCGCCACCAUCCCCUCGUCGUCCUCUUUGCCACACCAUUCUGUGCAAAGUUGAUUAUUGUGGUUAGUUUCUUCCAAAACACAAGUCAAAGCAGACUGUAGGAAGCAGGAAACCCACAUGGACAGAAGCAUUUGUGUUAAGACGCCAACUCCAGGCAGUCUGGUGUAUGACUGUGAAAGCCUAUUUCCUGCAAAGUUCUGCCCCCCAUUCAGAUUUAGAGCUUUAAAUCCAACGCGCCCCCUUGGGACAUCGGCGCAUUCCGUUGUGCAGACGCAACCAGGCUUUGAUGGUUGAUUGCACGUCAGCAUAAGCGGUCGCGCUGAUAAUUGCUCCCCACCCUCCUGGCGCCACAUUGCGACCUGUUUUCUGAAUGACCUUUUCGGUUUGCGCACUGAAGAAGUCAGCCCCCUUAACCAGGUAAAGACAUACCGAUUUACCAGGUGUUUUGGUGAAUUCGAGUAACUCGACCGACCCGUUGGUAGAAAAUCUGGCUGCCUCGGUGGCAUUCGAAUCCACGACGGUGACUUUCGUCAAGUGACCCCUGUUAUUCGAAGUCGAUAUUUUAAAUUGUUAUGAAACUGUCUACCUGUAGGUGUUAUGGUGGCUCGCGGUCUCUUAACCAACCCAGCAUUGUUCGACCCCCUCUACAAUGUGGUCAGAGAUGAGAACUCGGGACUGGAAUUCGGCGGAACUCCUCAUCCAGCUGGGAGCCUGCUUCGCGAGUGGCUUGAGCUAACGACUGAGCAUUCCACCAGUACCCUCUUCAAGAACGUCCACCGCCAGGCCUACUGGAUGCUUGAGCGACAUCUCAACAAGGCGAAACGGAAAGUCCUGCACGAGAUCUCCGAUGUGGCUGGACUUUAUGACUUUCUACGCCUACAGUGGCCCGAUACAUACACAUCAGAAACGCUACAGACCUAG